GAGAAUCCGAUCGGUUAAUAAAAAGGCGCAUACAAAAAAGUUUUUGGAUGAAAUCGCGUAAAGCCACCUACACGGCGCAAUACAGUCAACUGAAACAUGAUUUUCACGAAGAGUCACACUGAAUUCGGUACCUUUUUUAUCAGCAUAUUACGGUAUUUUUCGUGUCUCUGUGUAUGUUUACUCCUAACACAGUGCGCACACAAUACUAAAACAACUGUUGAUAUCUUCAUGGAGCUCGGCUUUUUUUUUACAUUGGAUACAGACUGACUACGUUCUCAGCUCACUCAUACACAUUGUGUGACGUCGCACCGUUUCGAUGUAUUGUUUCUAAGAGGCUGAAAAUAUAGAGAAGAACAAUAAAAACACAUCAUUGCAUUGCUGAUUGCACGAAGAGAAGUGGAAAACUGAGAAUAAAGGUAGAGAUAAGGUCCGUGAUAAGAUAUAAUUUUCAUUAUCGUAUCUCAAACCCAAACGAAGUUGGCGAAAGAACAAUCAAUCAAUAGGCACAAGUUUUUAUUAGAAUUGGCGCAUUCGAAAGAGCAAUUUGUAUGGUAUUUGACAUAGGCUGUUUCAAUCAACACAUUCUUAUUACUACUGUCAAUAACAACGUGGUUCAUUAAUCUGUCUUGUGCAGUUUUGCUAAAAUUGAGUGUUCGUGAUAUUUAUCAGUGAAGAAUAAACGACAUAGUCAAUAUCAUAUCACAACAAGCGUUAAAAAGAAAAAAACAAAGAUCGCCCAAAAGAGUUAUCAACUUGAAAAUUCACCAGAAUUUACGUCAGUCGCUGUAUAGCUGUGAACCAAGUCAAUUGUGCGACUAACAGUUUUCAUUGUUUCGACGUUGCUACACGUUUACAGACGAAAGUGUCAAUUGAUUCUAAUUCAUAAAGAUGAUGGAUGCUACUUGGACACUGCUAUGGUUACUCGUUUGUUUAACCAUUCUGGUAUUGAUUGUGGAAUCAAUUUAUCGCAGAAUGAAAGAACGUAAAUUGGCCCAACAAGAGAAUGAUAUACAACGGCAAAUACGAGAUCAACAAUUAGAUCGUCAAUAUCAUAUCUACACGCUUCAACCAUUGGCAAAUCCAAUGCACACAAAUCCAGUGACAAGCGUUUUAUCGCAACAACAACAACAAUAUAUUCGUCAGCAGCAAGAAUUAAAAGCAUUCAACGAUUUACCACCAAAGUAUGAAGAUGUGGUAAAAGAUCCAAAUAGUUACAGAAUACCAAUCGGUUUUGUCAAUUCAUCGUCUGACAUGCAAACGGCAUGCGACAAUAAUACAAACUCAGUUCGGUAUUGAAAUGAUCCAUGUGAUAUAAGCAAAAAAUGAUUGUGAAAAUCAAUUGUUCCUCAAUAUGAUGCUUAUUUGCCACGAAUUUAUGAUAAGAUUAUUGUCACCAGUGCCAAUUUAUGUAAUAAUUUAAUGAAACAAACCAAAAAAAAACCAUUGAUUUUAU